CUUCGUUGUUUUGGACGGCUGCCUAGGAGCUUGCUAGUCAAUUUUUUGGGCCGCUCUUGUGGGCCGCCAGCCUUUGAUCACGCGUUUAGGUGAAGCGGGGCGUUUGGAUCACGCCCUGCGCUUAGGCCCGCCUAGGCGGCGCUUUUUCAAGCCUUUUAGAACACUGCCUGAAACCAUCAACUAAACCCAUCUACUUUAAAAAGGGUCACAUUAACACACAUAGUAUUUGUAAAGAAUCUAAUAGGUCCAGGUGACCGAAAGGCAACCCAAGCUUCUCGGUUAAAUCUGAUGUGGACCGGUGGAAUUGCCAAAUGUGGAAUUUUUUCCACGUCAGCCCCGGUUGCAUCUAACCGAAGUUACAGGGGAAAUUAUUUUCGUUCAUCAGCUUGCAAUCCAAAAUUAGGGUUCUCUUGACCUUACUUCCCAAUUGAUCUCCCAUGUCUGGUCAUUUGCCAGAAAGUCCAAAGAAACCAUUCAUGACCGUGAAGGAGACUAUCCGCAUCUAGAAUAGAGCAGAGCGACCAUCUUCACGAACUCAGGUAAGUGACCAUCUUCAUUCCUGGCGUCGUCAUUGGUGUCUCCAAGAUCAUUUUUUUAGAGUUCCAACUUCGAUCCUGAUAAGAGGGGCUAAAGAAAGACUCCUUUCAUGUAAUAAAAAAGAAUGUAUGAAGUAGCAGAAUUGAGAAUACAUGAUGGCGGAAAUUUCAAGAGGAAAAUGGAGAAGUGUACAGAUAUGUGCCGGUUGAAUCAGAGGAAACAUCUGUACUUCAAGAGGAAAAUGGAGAAGUGGACAGAGAUAGAACUCCAGUGAUGCAGUGUGACAGUGAAGAUCUGGGUUGGGUAAAGAACAACUCAAAUAGGGCAGAUUUGGACACUGAAUGUGGGGACGAUGACGAUUGCAGCGUUUAUAAUGACUCUGAUGACCCCUCUUGUUCUGUAGCCGACUCUGAAGAAGAGGACUGUGUUUCCGAGGAACAUCCCAAACGGAAGAAGACAUUGAAGAAGCCAUCUUAUGAUCCUAAAUGUGAAUCACAGGAGCUGGAGGUCGGAAUGUUAUUUGAUGACGGGAAACAAUUUAAAAGUGCCUUGAUCAAGUAUGCAGUGAUGAAUAAAAAGGAUGUAAGAUGGAUUAAAAACGAGCCUCUUAGAGUUCAAGCAGGAUGUUCGACUAGAGUUCAAGCAGGAUGUUAGACUAGCAAUACAAUGAUAAAAUAGCAGUACAUUGCCAUAGCUAUUGUUCAUAUAAUGGCCUUUUUGUAAUAUGUAUUUGCCAUGUAUUGAUUGUCGUAUGUUAAUUUUAUAUGGUGCAUUUGCAAACUUGUUGUUCAACCUGUGAAGGAACCAGGGAAGGCAGGGAGAUCAAAGCUGUUGUGUGUUCAAGUUUAUUUAUAUUUUUGGUCCCAAC